AUGGAAAGAUCAAUUACAGCUUUCUCGUUCGCGCUGCUUGCUUCUUUAACUUCAGCACUAGUCCUUGUGGUUCAAGCCCAACCAGGUUUUAUCAGCAUCGAUUGUGGGGCACCCAAUGACUACACAGAUGAAAACACUAAUAUGACAUAUAAAGUGGAUGAUGGGUUCAUAGGCUCUGGGAAAAACAUGUCGAUAUCCGGGUUGAUAUAUCAAAGUAAUCUACGGUGUACAAAUUUAAGGUUUUUUCCGGAUGGAUUGAGGAAUUGUUACACUUUGAGACCAGACCAAGGCAAGAACAGAAAAUACUUGAUUAGGGCAUUAUUUUGUUACGGGAAUUAUGAUGGGAAGAAUCAGGCUCCUUUAUUCGACCUAUACAUCGAUGUUAAUUAUUGGACCACGGUGGUUGCCUCCUCUGCUAUUAUCGAAGAGAUCAUUUAUGUGCCUAAGGCAGAUGACAUACGAGUGUGUCUUGUGAAAACUGGCAACGGAGUGCCCUUUAUUUCGGCAUUGGAACUAAGAGCUUUGGACGAUGACGUCUAUCCACUGGAAUCUGGGUUCUUGCAAUUAAGUAGGCGGAUCAACCUGGGACAUACCUCGGUGGCAAAUUGGUUCAGGUACAGGGACGAUGUUUAUGAUCGGAUGUGGACACCUUGGCACUUCCCUAACUGGUCGACACUGAACACCACAGUUGCGAUUGAUUUAUCUAAUGAUAGUAAUCCUUAUAAGGUUUCAAGGGACGUUCUUCAAACCGCUCAAGGGACAAUGAGUUCGAGUUCUCCCUUGUAUUUACAGUGGACAACAGAUGAAGAACCGACCAACGAUGAGACACCAUUGCCAGGGGCACCACCGAAGAUAUGGAUUGUGUACUUACAUUUCAUGGAGAUUGAGAGACUGAGCGGCCCGCAGAGGGAGUUCACAAUUUACAUGAACGAUAAUCAAUUCACGGAGACGGUGAGCCUUGAAUACUUAAAGCCAGUGGUUGUAGUUUCUCGUCCAGUUAAAUGGCCAGUUAUCACCCUCUCGAUUAAUUCGAUGAAUAAGUCUGGAAAUCCACCGAUCCUCAAUGCCAUGGAGCUCUAUAACGUUGUUGAUCUUCCAAAUGUACCCACAGCACAAGAUGAUGGAGACAUAGGCUAUAGAAAUACCACCCUAAUAUGUGGAAACAUUUUGCUUUUGGCUAUUCCCAGAGAUUUGUCCAACAAUCAGCUUACGGGAGCAAUACCAAAAACUCUAGCUGAAUUACCACAUCUUAGCUUUCUAAAUUUAAGUGGAAACAACCUGACUGGAUCAAUUCCUGAAGCUCUUAAGAAUAGGGUUCGGGACAGUACUUUAAACAUGAGUUUGACAGGAAACGUGCAUCUUUGCCUGGCUGAUCCUUGCCCACGUAAGAAGAAACAAGAGACCAUACUUGUUACUGUUACAUCAGUUUUAAGCUUCUGUGGGGCUCUCUUUAGUGCUUUGGCAAUUAUUUGGUUAAUCAAAUGGAAACAGACUUGUUCUAAAACUAGUGAGGCAUUUGAACAAAUGCCAGAUUCUAGUGAGAGGACACCAAGAUUAAAGAAUCGACCUUUUGAGUAUGGAGAGGUCUCAAAAAUCACUGGGAACUUUGGACAAGUGAUAGGUAAAGGUGGAUUUGGAAAUGUAUAUCUUGGCACACUAGAUAACGGCACCAUGGUUGCUGUGAAGAUGCUCUCUGAAUCAUCAAAGCAAGGGUACAAAGAAUUUCAAGCUGAGGCACAACUCUUAACGAUUCUACACCAUGGAAAUUUGGUUUCCUUGUUUGGAUAUUGCGAUGAUUCCAAGCACAAGGCAUUAGUAUAUGAAUACAUGGCCAAUGGAAAUUUGAGGCAACAUUUGUCAGAGGACCAUCCGAAGGUCUUGACAUGGAGUAAGAGACAACAAAUAGCCAUGGAUGCAGCACAAGGUUUGGAUUAUUUGCAUAAUGGUUGCAAGCCACCCAUCAUCCAUAGAGACUUGAAGACUUCAAACAUUUUGUUGAAUGAAGACUUCCAAGCCAAAUUAGCUGAUUUUGGCCUAUCAAGAGCUUUUGCAUCUGAAAAUGACUCUCAUGUGUCAACUCGUCCUGCUGGCACCUUUGGCUACCUCGGCCCCGAGUUUCAAUCUUCUGGAAAUUGUGACAAGAAGAGUGAUGUUUACAGUUUCGAAUUGUACUUUGAGUUAAUCACAGGGCAACCUGCAGUAAUGAGAAGCCAAGAUGGCUGCGACUUCAUUCACAUACUUGAAUGGCUAAUUCCCAUCAUUGAAAGUGGUGAUAUACAUAGGAUUAUGGAUCCUAGGUUACAAGGAAAAUUCAACAUCAACUCGGCUUGGAAAGUGGUGGAGAUUGCUAUGUCUUGUACACAACCAAGGGCGAUUCAAAGGCCAGACAUAAAUCAUGUAUUGGCAGAGUUGAGGGAGUCUUUGGCUGAAAUUGCGGACGGGAUUGCUAAAAUUCACGGGCUUGGACUGCUGACUUCUUGGGCCGAAGUUGGGCUGAACUUCACGUGGACUCUCUUUGGAUGCGCUGGAAUUACACGAACUGGGCUGCUGAUUGAAGAUGGGCUGUUCGGCUUCGCUGGAAUUUGCUGGGCUAAUCCACGAGCGAAGAUGAGAGCUGCUGGGCCGUUGCUGCGGGCUGACUUCGAGCGAGCCAGGCCAAUCCGAAGCAGCAAGGAGGAGCUGGUGUCGUUGUGGUGGGGAGCAGGGAAAGACAAGUAG